AUGUCCAGUUUCCGGGAUGAGAGUCUCCUCCAACCUCGUGCAACUUGCCUCAGUCUGAACGACGGGACGACACCCGCCGAGAUGCAUCUCCAUUCCCUCCAUGCCCGAUCCAUGAUCCAGGGCCCCUUUUCCCUCAUAGGCUUUUUCCCCGUUGGAUUCCUUGGAAAUCAGCUCCCCCACACCUCCCACCUUGUCUGCUCUCACUUACCGGUAUUCCCCAUCUGUCAACCUGCCGGCGGGCUGCAUUCGGAGGAAGCCACGCACAUGGCUGCAAGACCAAGGGGCUUGAAGUCCAACUACUAUGAGAACGUCUGUGAUGGCAAUGCUGCCCCUCACCUACCUUACCUUGGCCGGGCUGGUUCUACAGUAGCAGCAGAGAAGCCCACUGACGGCGCAGCACAUGUUCUUGGCAAGAGACCGUUCCCAUCACGCCGGUAUCCUCUUGGGUACAACUCGUCAUGGCAAAUCGGCAACUCUUCCUAUUCGAAGGCCUUUUGGAGAACCGCCUCUUUACCCCAAAUAUCCAAAAGAUUCCCCCAAUUCCACCUUGGAGACCCCUGCUCACCUCGGUGGGGUUCCUUCGCGGAGGGAGGCCCUCCGUCUUCUCUGUUGGGAAUAGCCGUGAGAAUCGCUGCAUCAUUCUCCGAUGCUUCAGGGCCCGAGGAUAGCCUCAUGACGACCACCUUCCACGUUUUCUGCAGCUCGCCGUUUCAGGUUUUCAAUUGUGCCGUCCUUCUCAUCCUCUGGCAUCACAUCGCCCGGGUGGGCUUCCAGUGGGACGGAUGCAUUCCCGCCGUUCAUCACGCCCUUCACUUCACGGCCAAUAUCAGAUUCGAGAUAUUACAUUUGCCAACGAUCCAGGAAGCCAAAGCUCCUCGAACCCUUCUAGUCACCGGCAAAAGUCACAUCAUCAAUACAAAAAGCACCCGCCCUGUCUGCAUGUACCAAAAGGUGCCAUUAAUCGAACGUGGUUCCUUCGUCGUCAACCAAAAGUCAGGUACAACGCUAAUCUCGGACCCUCGAGCCCGUAGUAUCCCGGCCCUGUGA